AUGGCUCUGACCGAGUCCGACAUUCAGCCUCAGCUGAACCGCCGCCGCCCCGGCCAGAGCUCAAUCACGACGCCCCGAAACGAAAAGGACCGCGUCGUCAUUCAGAGCGGUACCGAGUUCGGCUUCACGUACCUGCAGACGCAGUUGCAGACUGUUUGGGUCAUGCACUUCUACCUCGCCGAGGGCAAACUCAUCUUCUCCCUCAUCUCGCGCAACGUCACAGGGCAGUCCAAGAAGUCGACGGCGCUAGCCAUGACCUUUAUCGGCUGGGCCGCCGGCAACAUGACGGCGCCCCAGAUCUUCCAGGCCGCCGACACGACGCGCUACCGCAAGGGUUUCACCACCCAUUUCUGCCUUCACGUCCUCUUCAACCUCUUCCCCGUCCUACUGCGCUUCCUCUUUGCCCGCCACAACAUGGACAAGCGCAAGACCACCGCCGCAGCGGGCCCGGCGAGCCUCGCGGUCGAGGAGGUCGAAGAGAAGGGCGGGGCCGCAGGGGUGGGUGGUCGUAGCCAAUGA